AUGUUCUUAUUACCGGGCGAGAGAAUAUUAAAACAUGACAUAAUAAAAGCAUCAUUAGGUAUAAAGUCAGAGGAAGCAACAAGAAAUAGUACACAAUAUAUUAAAAGUAAUAGUAGUACAUUAAAUAGUACACAUAGUACAAUAAAUAAUACAUUAAAUAGUACACAAUAUAUUAAAAGUAAUACGCAUAGUACAAUAAGUAAUAGUAGUAGUACAUUAAAUAGUACACAUAGUACAUUAAGUAAUAGUAGUAGUACAUUAAAUAGUACACAUAGUACAAUAAGUAAUAGUAGUAGUACAUUAAAUAGUACACAUAGUACAAUAAGUAAUAAUGUACAUGUAUCAUGUGCUGUAGGUGAGUUAUUAUCCUUAGACAUAGGGAAGUACUGGGUUAAUUAUAAGCAGUUCAGGUACCUGCCCUUAUUGGAUGAUAUUGUAUUAGGAGUAGUCAAAGGGAAGGGUAAGGAUACUUAUAAGGUGGAUAUAGGGGGUCCUUCUUAUGCCAUUAUAAACUACUUGGACUUCCCUUCAGCCACAAAAAGGAAUCGUGUUACGCUCUGCACGGGUGACGUACUGCUUGGUCAAGUAGUUGAGGAUUCUUUACACUGUGAGUCAGUUAUAUCCUGCCGUACUGAAGCUAUCCCUGGCAUGGGCGUACUGAAGAAUGGAGUACUUUUAAAGGUAGGGAUACUUCAGAGCCGGAAGUAUUUAUUACACCCACCUGAUAUUCGCAGUUCUGUGUGCAUAUUCAGCAUGAACGGGUAUGCGUGGGUGUCACCACCCACUCAGGAGAGUAUUAAAGAAGUACUUUCUCUUAUAUAACAGGACUAAAU